UCAAUGAAAUGUUAAGUUAAUUAUGCCAAAAAUCAAGUUACCUUUGUAAAUUACGAAACACGCGUGUAUGUGUAUCCUUACGUGUACAUGUACGUGAAGAAAUGUGCGAAAUUGUUUCGUCUAGAGAUGUACACACACACGCACGCAGACACAUACACACACACACACACACCGAAGAAGUGCACACGUCAGUGCCACGAAAUCUGCCCAAAAUUUCAAACGCUAAAGCCCUCAACUAGACUUAUAUAUUUUGUAUAAUUCAUAGAACAUGUUCUUUUACCAUUUCAGUCAAUGUCGAUAGUUAGCAACACGAACAUCACGAAACACUCGAGACGACAUUGGAUAUAUCCACUCCGGAGAUAGCCAGUGCUUCCUCUUUUUUUUUUGUUUUCCCCUAUUUUUUUUGGUAAUUUUAUUGUAAACGUGUUUAGCUAGUUGAAUUUGUUUGUUAUGUCCGGGCCAAUGUCCGAGCACAUCCAACACAAUGAGCCCGAGGAUACGGAAGACACCAGCUCCACAGAUAUUUCACUGAUACAGCAUGUGUCAUCUGGUGGAGUCGGUGGCAAGGGACGGCUGGACACCCUUCGCGAGAAUCUGUUUAAGCAGCAAGAACGUCUCACAGCACUGCGUGAGCGUGCCUUGCGCAAAUCCGAGGAUGGCAAUGGGAGCAAGCCUAGCAAAAGCCAUUCGAUGGGAUCACUCCAAUCGCUGGGCCAGAGGCUGACCAUGUUGAAGGUGCGCAACUCCGAUUCGCCCCAAAUUCUGCACGAACUGCCAACACAAGACUCGUCCACACCGGUAGCCACGCCCACAAAAGAUGCUACGGGCAGCGAAAAGUUGCAAAUGCUGAAUCAGCGCACCGAACAAAAUCGUGCGCUACUCGAACAGCGCAAACGCGACAUGGCCAAAUCGCUGCAGUCUGUAAAAUCGGGGCUAAGGCAGAGCGUCGAGCUGGGCUCCUCCAUGAGCGAUCUGCGUGCGACAGCUGCAGCGGCGCCUGUAUCCAGACACUGGUCCGCAGCAGAUCUGCAACUCCAGCUGCAGCAGCAACAGACGCCGCAGCAGCCGAGCGAGGAGGGACGCCUGAAGCUGCUCAAGAAUAAGAUGAGGCUCAUCGAGAUGAAGCAGAGCCGCAAGGAGCAGGAGUUGCAGCAGGAGCUGCACGAUCUGCGCAACGAGUUGACGCGACGCGAAGAGCUGAUCCAACAGCUGGAGGCGACGCUGGCGCAGCAGAACGAACAGGCGGACAGCCAACGACCCCUGGUCGAGCAGGAGAAUGCACGAUUGCACGCGGAGAUUGAGCAGCUGCGCGAACGCAAUGCGGAGCUAGAGAAUAGCAGCGAAAUGCUGGAAACGUUACGACUGGAGCUCCACAGUGCAAGGGAGCAGCUGCUGGAGCAGCAAACAAGCCAAGCGGCAGCGGCGGUGGUCUCAACGGAUGCCCAGGUAAAUGUGGAGCUGGCCAAGCAGCUGCAGGAGCUAGAGAAGCAAUUGCAAGAGCUUCGCAACAGCAAGGAAGAAGAGACGCAGCAGCUGGAACCAAAUGCCAUCAGGGAAUCCGAGCUCGAAGCCACCAUUGCAAUGCAAAACGAACAGCUGGCGGAGAAGACCACCGAGCUGAAUGUACUCAAUGUAAAUUUGCGUGUGCUCGAGGAGAAGCUAGCGCAGAGCGUCAAGAGCAAACCCAUCUUCCUAGACGAGGAAGCCAGCGAUGCUAGCGAACAGCUGCAGACGCAGCUGCAACAGCUCAAGCAAAAGCUGGAUGAGUGCAACAAGAGCAACAUUAAGCUGAAGCUAAAGUGCAAGCAGGCGGAGAAGCAGCUGCAGAAACUGCAGAGCCAGGAUACGCAACAGGAGCUUGCCCGGAUUACCGCCGAGAAUGAGCAGCUGCAGCAGCGCAUCACAGUGCUGGAGGAUGAGAAGGGUCAAUGGCAGCUAGCUCACGUGGAAGAGGAUGUGGCCCAGGAGCAGCAGCAGCAGCUGAUUGCUAGCAAGCCAACUCCAUCUGCUGGCCAAACAGAAGCCAUACGGCUGCUGGAGGAGCAAAAGGAGGAGCUGCAGCAGGCAUUGGAAGCCUUGCAGCUGGGCAGCGAGACAGCUCGCGUCGAAUCAGAGCUAAGCGAGGUGCAAUUGGAGGAGCAGCUGUCACAACGUGUCCAACAGCUGGAAUCGGAGGCGAACGAACAGCAGCAGCAGCUGAAAACACUGCAGACUGAGAAGGAGGCGCUGGACAAGAAGCUGACUCACUAUAUCAACGAGAACAUGGAGCUGCUUGAUAAGCUGGAGAAGUUAAGCUCCUCCAGCUCGGCCGAAUCCAUAGAGAUCGUGGAGCGGCCCACUGAGCGCCGCUUUAGCCAGCGUCCAGGCAGCGAGGGCGAAGCGGAUGCAGAUGGAGAUCAGCCCAGCGGCAGCAGCAGUCAACAGCCCACAGAGCCUGCCGUACUGCCCAGCUUUGUGAGCGAACUAACCCAAACGGAUUUGGCAGCGCCCGAGCUGGAAGUGAACGAGAGUCUUGCCCAGUUGCGCAACGAAAGCGACGAGUUGCUGCAGAAGAUUGAGCUCUUCACCAAUGAGCGACGUGAGGUGCUGGCCAAGAUGGAGCAACUGCAGUCGGAGAAUGCAGCACUUCAAGCGCAGCUGAAGCUUGCCCAGGAGCAGCAGCAGGCGGAGAAGACAACACUCCAAGCCGAGCUGAAGCUCGCGCAGGAGCAGCUGCAGACCGAGAGUGCAGCGCUGCAGACCCAACUGGAGGAGCUGCAGCGGGAUAAGCAACAGUUGUCGCUGCAGCUCAGCGAAAAGUCGAACCUGUCGCAGGAACUAAGCUCCAUGCAGCGCUCCUCAGAGGUGGUGGCUGCCCUAGAUUGUGGUGAAGGUGGCGCCGCGCUCUUUGACAAGUGCGAACGUUCCCUCUCGAAGCUCAGCUCCGAACUGGAGGCCUAUCGCAAGGCAAACGAUCGUAAUGCCAAGCUAAAUGUGUCCAAGAAGCUGGCCAAGGAGGCGAAGAACGUGCACGUCCAGCUGACGGAGCUGCUGCACAAGGUGAAGGAAGCUAGCACCGCAGUGGAGACGGUCACCGUAGUGGAAACUGUCGUCGCUGUCACCGCGCCCAAUGGCAAAGCUUUGGCGGAAUACGAGCAGCUGACCGCACAGAAUGCCGAGCUCAAAGCAACGCUGGCUGCGCUUCAAGUGGAGCUUGAGGAGCUGCGCGAAAGCAACGAGCCACAGGAGACGGUCAAGCAGCUGGCCAUUGGCCAAGCAGAGGAGGAUGAGCAGGAGAGGGCAAGAGAACGUGAGAUGGAGAAGGAAAAAGGGCGAGAGCGAGACGACUUGAUAGCUGAACUGCGGGCUCGAGCCGAAGAAGAGCAGCAGCAGCUGACGCAGUUGGAGUCUGUGAUAGCGGAGCUGCGUGCUGGCGAAGCGGAGCAUCUGCAGCUGAUAGCCAGCCAAAGUGCGGAGCUGGUGCAGCUGCAGCUGCAAGCCGAGCGAUUCGAUCAGUCGCUGAACAACAGCGAAAUGGCGCACGAGAAGCACAUGGAGCAGCAGCAGCGUUUGCGACGCGAACUCCAAGCUCGCAUCGAGACGCUGGAGGGGGAGCAGAGCAUAUUGCAGGCGCUCGUCGCAGAGCAGAAGCAGCAGCUGAUCGAGAGCUACAGCGAGAGCGAGUACGAAACGAAUCUGAAAAUGUUGGAGCUGCAGCAGUGCCAACAGGAGCUGGAGGCCAGCGAGCAGCGCAACAAGGAGCUACGCGAGAAGCUCAAGAAGUACGCAUUGAAUCUGAAGAAGCGCACCGCGGAGCAAUCGGAGCUGGAGCAGCAGCUGCAUCGGGAGCGAGCCACAGUGGCUGAGCUGCAGGAGCAGCAGCAGCGUCUGCACGGCAUGGACCAGCUGACGCAGGAUAACGCACGGCUGCAUGAGCAGCUGGUGAAGCAACAGUCCAAGCUGGCGAGUCUGCCCAAGCUCAAGGAGGAGGUGGAACGUCUGCAGGUCGAGCUACAGAAUACGGUCCAUGCAAACACAGCGCUACGCCAAGAGAGCUACAAACUGGAACUGGCACUGGCGGAGCAAACCUCGAACGAGGAAUUGCGUCGACAGCUGGAGCAGAAGUCGCUGAAGUUUGACAAGUCCAAAGAGGUCAUUAAGCAUCGCAAUGCCACCAUACAGAGUCUGCAGCGUGAGCUGGCCGAACUGCGCGCUAAGCUGCAGGCACAGCCCGAGGAGGAAGAGGAGGAGAAGGCGAAGGAGAAGGAGAAGGCGCAAGCACAGCAGCUUGAUCAACUGCGGGCGCAAAAUGCUAAAAUGGCCGAGGAAAAGGUGAACUUCGAGCUGACUAUCGGGCGUCUGGAAACCAUCCAUGAGGGUAUUCAAGCCAAGCUUCAGCAGGAUCAAUCCUACAUUGAAUCGCUGGAAGCACAAAUAGUUGAGCUACAAUCGAAGUGUGCGGCACUCGAAGAUCAAGCCGCAGCGCUACGGGCACAUGAGCUGAGCGGUAAGGAACAGAUGCAGCUGCUGGAGCAGCAACUGCGCGAAGCGCUUGCCCAGCGAGCGGAGCAGGAGUCGCAACUAACCGAGCGUCUGCAGCAGCUGACGGAGCGGGAGCAGAGCCAAAGCCGGCAACUACAACUGCUGGGCAGCGAGGCGGAGGAGGCACGCGAUCAAAUGCUCGCGUUGCAGGCCACACACGAGGCGCUGCUGCAGCGUCACAAGCAACAGACCCAGCAGGCCCAGGCAGAGCGGGAGCAGCUGAACAGCAGCAGCGAACAGGAGCUGCAUGAGCUGCGGGAACUGCUGCAGACGCGCAACCAGGAGCUGCAGCGUCAACGCCAGGUCUACGACGCCAAGCUGGCAGCCAAGGCCACGGAGCUGGAUGAGCUGGAGUGUGAUCUAAGUGCGCAUAUGGAACGUGCCACCGUGGAAACGCGUGAUCUCACCCAACAGCUGGAAAGGUCACAGGAACAGCUACAGGCACGCACCGAGGAGCUAACGCGGCUUAACGAGGAGCUGGCCGAUGUGGAGCGUGAGCGUGCGGCACUCAGCCGGGAGGCGGUUAUGCUUCGCCUGCAACACGACAGUGCCGAGCAGGACGUGCUCGAGCUGCAAGAACUACGCAUGCAGGUCAUACAGGACAAAACGGAAAUGGACAAUCUUCGCUCGCAAAUCGAUUCGCUGUGUGCCAAUCACAAUCAGGAAUUACAAGCGCUGCAACAGCAAAUCGCCGAACUGGACACCCUGGGCCAGAACCAAACGGACGACCAGGUCUACAUUGAGACCGAGAACAAGCGUCUCGCCGAGCAGUUAGUAGAGCUGCAAGUUCGCCUCGACGAGCAGGCCGAACAGCUGGCACGCCAACAGGCAGCUCCAGGCCCAAUUCCAGCUCCAGUGAACUUCCAGCAGCAGCCGCAAGCAACAGCUACAGAUGAUUGGAUGGCUUGGUCUGGCAUGAUACAACCCACUCAACGACAAGAACAGAAUGUGCCAUUGCCUGCGCCCGCCAUGUUCUUUGGCAGCGAUGCGGCAGCUGCGCCAUCGCCUUUCGAUGAGAUUGUUGCUCAACCCCUGAGGAUGACCACACAGAAUCUAGGCAUGAGUAUGCCACAAGCCCAGCCAGUGGAGAACAUUGAGUCGAGUGGAGUGGAACCAACUAUUGAGGAUCUGCAGCGUAAUGUAUCUGAUCUGGAGAAGCAUGCCAAGGAGCUCGAGAUGAAAUUGCUGGCACGCAAUCAGGCGCUAGCCGAGCAUGAGGAACGACGUGCCCAACUUGAGCGUCUGCUUGUUGAACGGGAACAGGAGCUGGCGCAGCUUCAUGCUGCCGCUGAAGAGCGCGAGCGUGUUGCAGCCAUUGAAGCGCUAAUACAGCCAGCUGUGGCUCCGACGACGGCUGCUCCUACGCUAGAUAUGUUCUUUGGCAACGAAACGGUACCAGACGCAGCUGUGACCCACCUAGAUCUUGGUCUUCCGCAGACGAAGCCCGUAGUAGAGCAGGUCAUCAUACCAAAGAAGGCGUAUAUUUGCCAUCCAGAGCAGGAGCAACAGCAACAACAACAACAGCAGCAGCAGCAACAAACGCAGCUGACGAGCGACUGGGGUGUUGACGUGGACGAGGAUCCCUGGGCCAAUGCGGGAAAAGAGGAACAGCUGACUGAUGCGACGGCAGCGUUGCUAGUGCGAAUUCAGGAGCUGGAGAGCCAGAAAGCGAAACUGCAAACGAAAACAGCAAAGUUGAUGAAGUGCGUUAAGGAGUACCGCAGCAAGGAGCAGCAGGAGCAAGCGCGUAACGCCAACAACAAUGAUCUAGAUAGCGCCAUCAUGGACGAACUGAAGUAUCAGCUGCAGCUGCAGGAAGCGCGCCAAGCUAAGUCCGAGGAGCUGCUACAGCAACAGACGCAGGAAAAGGAAAAGCUGUUGAAGCGCAUCGACGUUUUGACUGCGGGCAAUGAACGCAUGGCCGAGUUGAAGGAGCGGCAGGAUAUGGAUGUCCAGAUGUAUCAGACACGCAUACGCGAGCUACAAGACAAACUGCAGCAGCUGGAAAGCUGGGGUGAGGUUGCCAGCGCCGCUGCCACGCCCACAGCGCAGCCAAGCGACGAAGCAGCACUGGCCCGCAUCGACAACCUGAUGGCAGAAAACCAAGAUCUAAAUAGCGAAUGCCAGGAGCUGAUGGCCCAACUGCGACAGGAGAAGCAGCAGGCCCAACAGGAACGGGAGCAGCUGCAAGCGGAGCUUGAUUCGCAUAACCGAGAGGCAGAGCAACUUAAACAGCAGAUGGAGCAGAAUAAACAGAAGGCAGAGCAGUCUCAGCUGGAGUGCCAGCAGCUGCAGCAGCAAGUGGAGGAGCUAAGGGCCAAGCAGCUGGAGUGCCAGCAGCUGCAGCAGCAACUGGACGAGCUAAAGGCCAAGCAGCUGGAGUGCCAGCAGCUGCAGUUACAAUUGGAUGAGCUAAGGACCAAGCAGCUGGAGCUGCCGGUAGCAGUAAGUCCGCCCAGUGAUGAGAGCAUGGCGCUGCUUCAAGAAAAGGAAUCCGAAAUCGUCCAUCUUAAGCAGCGCAUCGAAGAGCUGAUGCGGGAAGAUCAAACCGAGAAACUGGUGCUAGAGAUAUUAACCAAGAAUCAGGAGCUGCAGAUGUUGCGCAUGCAGGUCAAACAGUUGCAGGAGGACAAGCUCGAGCAUCAGGAGAAACAGUCGGAGCAGGCGGAUAGUCCAGUUGAGCCGAACCUGCAGCCCCAGCUGGAGCAACUGCGUCUGCAGUGCGAACAUCUGCAGCAAGAGAAGAACGACAUGGAGGAGGAACUGCGCGUGCUAAACAAUCAUGUGCUCAACAGCCUGGAGCUGGAGGACAAGAUGAAGCAAACUGUAUUGGAGUUGGAUAUGAAGACCAUUGAGAUAACCGAGCUACGUAGAACGCUUGAGUUGCUGCAGCAGGCGCAGGCGCAGCCACAGCCACAACAACCGCAGCAGCAGCAGCCAGAUAUCGCUGCCUUGAAUAAGCAGUGGGAGGCGCUGGUGGAGCAAAAGUGCAGCGAAGUGGCCAGCAUAUGGCAGGAGCACCUAGCAAAGCGUGAGGCUGAAUACAAGGCGCAAAUCGAAGAACUUUCUGCAGCGGCUUCCGCAUCCCAGUCAGAAACUGUGGAACAGAAGGAGCAGCAGCAACAGCCUCCACUGCCAGCCACGGAUAACUUUAAUGAGAUGUUGACCAAGAUGCAGAGCGCGCUCGAGACUCAAGAAAUGGAAAUUGUGACGCUAAAGGAGCAGCUGGCAAUACGUUCCGCUGAAUAUGCGCGACUCGCCUCCCAAUACGAUCCCUUCCGGCUGCAGAAUACGUUAGGCAGCGGCGUCUCAGCUGGGGCAAGCGGCACAGCCGGUCAGGAUCCACAGUCGGAAUAUGUGCUGAAAUCGGAUCUGGAUUACGCACUAAUGAUGUUGCAUCAACGGGAUAUGCGGGUCGAAGAGAUGAUCGUUGAGCUGGUGCAGCUGCUCGAAGAGCGCGAUCAUCUCCAACUGAAGCUCUCUGAUACGCUGCGCCAGCUGGAAGCCGAGCGCACAGGUGGAGCAGCAUUUGCUUCAGGCAGCGCCAAUGCCACCGCCUCCUCAUCCGCUGCCUCAAGUAGCCCCAACAAGCUGAGCAGCAGCGGCGAACUUGCCACGACGACAUCUGCCAGCGGUAGCGAUCUGAAGCAGAAGUUGGCCGAGCUGCAAACGGUGAAGCAUUCCAAGGACAAGGCGAUUGUGGACGAACGCGAGCAACGUCUGCAGCAGAUGAUACAGCUACAACGAGACAUGGCGAAAGCAACGCCGACUGCCGCAUCAACUGCACCUUAUCUUCCUUCUCCGCCAUCUGCACACCAGCAGCAACCGUUACCACAGCAACAGCAGCAGCAACAGCAGCAGCAGCAGCUCGACGCGGAUCUAACUCAAUCCGCGCAACGUGGCCCUUAUGGACUUAUGGACUGGAUAUUAGGCAACAGCAAGAGCGAGGAUGAGGCGCAGCAGACACCACAUAAUCUUCCCCAGUCUCCAAUUCAGCAACAAACGUCGCAUUCACCGCAUUCAUCCCCGAACAAUUAGCAGUGGGCGAAGCCUCGUUGCCAGCGUUGCGCCUAGUUGACUAUCUAGCACUUUGCUUACCAAUAAAUUUCGAUUUAGAUUAGCAUUAGAGUUCUAU